AUGUCUGCAGUUUUACCUAUAUACAAACUCAAAUACGUGAUGAACAAUCUUCCACUUGCCUUCGAUGGAUUCGUCAAGCAAAAUAUUGAUCUAGUAGUUCGUUCUCCUCCGAAAGGGAAUGAUCUUAAUAGUUUAAAUGGCACAUGGACAAAGUGGUUUAUAACAACUACAGAAAUACUUAACGUUUCGCCCUGGAUCUGUGGGUUGUCAGGUAUCGCCGGAAUUAAACUUGACGCACCUGAUUGGAAUAGUAUUAUCGAAAUGCGAUAUAAGGAACUAAUUACAGUUAAAUGUCGUAAAAACAAAUACCUUCUGUAUGAAAACAAAAUUAUUGGAAACCAAUUAUUAAAAAACCAGGAAAAUCGUCUUGCAAGUCAUAAAUCUAAUCUACAGAAUGAAAACUUUGCAACGAUUGAUGAGAAAGAAAUAAAUGCCUCUCAGAAAGAACUAUCACCAGAGAUUGUUGAUUAUGAUGGAUUGGUUAGCAAAAGCAUUGCUCCUGAUAGUAAUAACCCUUUUUGCUUUGCCUUGUGUUUAUCCAAACAAGAUCGUUGA